GUUCGCUAUUCAUAUAGAUCAGGUCACCACCUACUCUUAUAGUGUUAUCCAAGCAUCCAAAAUAAAAUGGCGGAAGAGGUGAAGGUUUUGGGAUUAUGGCAAAGCCCCUUUGUGAUGAGGCCAAGAAUCGCACUCUCCUUAAAAUCAGUAGAUCAUGAAUUUAUUGAAGAAACUAUGUAUCCCAAAAGUGAGCUUUUGUUAAAAUCAAAUCCUGUUUAUAAGAAAAUCCCAGUUCUUAUUCACAAUGAUAAGCCUGUUUGUGAGUCACUCAUCAUUGUUCAGUACAUUGAUGAAGCCUUUUCAUCUGCUCCGGCCUCUAUUCUCCCUUCUGAUCCUUAUGAUCGUGCUAUCCAACGAUUCUGGGCUGCUUAUAUUGAUGAAAAGUGGUUCCCAAGUUUGCAAAAAAUAGCUCAAGCGGAAAACGAGGAUGCAAAAGCAGCAGCAUUGGAGCAAGUUAAAGAAGGGUUAUCACUGCUUGAGGAUGCCUUUGAAAAAUGCAGCAAAGGGAAGCCCUUUUUUAGCGGCGAUAAUAUUGGGUACCUCGACAUUGCUCUUGGGUGCUACUUAGGGUGGUUACGCGUUGUUGAAAAAAUGAACACAGUUCCGCUGCUCAACCAGGAGAAGACGCCGAACCUCCUUGCUUGGGCAGAGAGGUUUUGUGCUGAUCAUGCUGUGAAGGAUUAUAUGCCCGAGACAGAUAAACUUAUUGAGUGUGCGAAGGCUAUGCUGGCCAGGUCUAAAGCAGCUGCUUCCAGUUAAAUUUAGAUAGCAUGGUUGUUAUAAUUGCUUUUGCAUUCGUAGUUUAUGCUAGUCUUAGAUGAUGAGUGUGCGAGUGAACAUGUUGGGUGAUGACAGAUUCAAUGUGAGCAAGAUACUUAGAAUGCAAGGAAUAAAGGUUUGCAAGAUAAGGUGGUUGUUCUUUUCAUUCCAUCAUAAUGAAUUAAUGAUAUUACAACCUAA